CGUCCAAAGUAGAUAUUUUAACUGUGGUUGUUUAAAUAAUUGAAGAAGUUAAAUAAAAUUGCGGAAACUAAUAAACUGUUAUCAACACUUUAGUUUGACGAUUCACGUUGCAAGUCGGCGCCUUAUUUGAUACCAAGCACUGAUAUAGUUAAAAGUAGUGUACAGACGGUGGUUUUGAAGAGUAAUUACAAUAAUGGGUGAUUCCUGUAGAAUAAAGGUGGGCAUUAUCGGCGGUUCGGGCUUUGAAGACCCCUCGCUAUUCGAAAACCAAGUAGAGAAGGAAGUGACGACACCGUUCGGCAAGCCGUCCGAUGUGUUGGUGGAGGGGGUCACUAAGGGAGUCCCCUGUGUGUUCUUGUCGAGGCACGGCAGGAAACAUCAAUUGCAGCCGAGCGAUAUAAACUACCGCGCCAAUAUCUGGGCGUUGAAGGAAGCCGGCUGCACCCACAUCCUGGCCACCACAGCCACCGGCUCGCUGGUGGAGGACUACAAGCCAGGAGAACUUGUCAUAUUGGAUGACUUCAUUGAUCGUACAUGGGGCCGACCAUGCACGUUCUACAACAACACGGAGGGCGGGCCUCGCGGUGUGUGCCACUUGCCCAUGAAGCCCGCCUUCUGCGAGCGCGCCAGACAAGCCAUGAUCACCGCCGCGAGAGCGAGAGCAUGCAGGUUCCAUGAGACAGGGACUGCUGUUGUUAUACAAGGACCUAGAUUUUCGUCUCGAGCAGAGAGCCUCAUGCAUCGUCAGUGGGGCGGACACUUGGUCAACAUGACGACAGUGCCAGAGGUGGUGUUAGCCAAGGAAGCCGGUUUGAGUUAUGCCGCCGUGGCUCUGGUUACUGACUACGACUGCUGGCGGCAGAAUGAGGAGUCUGUAUCGGUCGGCGAGGUGAUGGCGAUGUUCGCUAAGAACAUGAAGACCACCACGACGCUCAUCAUGGACGCAAUCCAGGUUCUCAACGCCGAAACAGACUUCCAAUACCUGGAGGAGCAUAAAAAAACACUAGCUGGCUCCAUUAUGCUGAAGGAAUAAUACAUUCAUGUAAAACAUAACCAAAGAAGUUUAUAUAUUUUUAUGCAGCUACCUUUAUAUAAUAAAGGGUUUGAUAAUAAAUCAACAUUUACCUCCA